CACUACACUAAAGGAAGAGACCACUAUCUCAUAGCCCUCAAACCAAUCAGUUUAGAAGAUCCAAUGACUCUCAGCACCACCCUCUCAGCAUGGCUUCCUCUUCUUCUAAUGAUUAUAAUCCCUUCUCUUCCUCUCUUCCUUUUCAUACAGAAAAGGAAUCGUAAAAGAACCUCAAAGCUCCCUCCAGGUCCAUCUGGCCUUCCCAUCUUUGGCAACCUGCACCAGCUCACUUCCUUGCCUCAUCGCAAGCUCUGGCUACUCUCUAGAAAGUAUGGCCCACUCAUGCAUUUGCAACUGGGCCAUGUACUGACCCUCAUCGUUUCUUCUGCGAGAAUUGCCAAGGAGGUCAUGAAAUCUCAAGAUCUUCAUUUCUGCAGCCGGCCGGCACUCGUCUCAUUCAAAAAACUCUCUUACAAUUUCUCAGAUGUGUCUUUUGCACCCUACGGUGAGUACUGGCGACAGAUCCGCAAGAUCGGCAUGGUUGAGCUGCUUAGCACGAGAAGGGUGCAAUCCUUUCGAGAUGUUCGAGAGGAUGAAGUUGCAAGAAUGGUUACUUCGAUUUCUUCUUCUUCUUCAGUACAUGUCAAUCUGAGUGAGAUGAUGAUUUCUCUCGCCUGCAACAUAGUUUGUAGGGCUGCUUUUGGUAAGAGCUACAAUGAAGGAAAUGAACAUGAGAAGAUGGAAUUUCAUGGAGUGCUUAAGGAGGCAGCGAUCACGUUUGGGAGUUUCUUUGUUGCUGAUUAUUUGCCAUGGAUGUGGUGGGCCGAUGUGAUCACAGGGUUGAAUGGACGGCUGGAGCGGAUUUUCUCCAAAUUGGAUGCUUUUUAUGAACGAAUCAUCAACGAGCAUCAGGAUCGGAAUAGGCCUGAAGCUGAGGCGGAUGACUUUGUUGAUGUGCUGCUUCAAGUGCAGCAGGAAUACCAUCUCACUAGAGAUCAAAUCAAGGGAAUAAUCAUGGAUGUUUUACUUGCAGGAACAGAUACAAGCUCGACACUAGUGGUUUGGGCAAUGACAGAGCUUAUGAUGAACCCAAAAGCAAUGAAGAAAUCACAAGAUGAAGUUAGAAGAAUUGUUGGGAAUAAAGGAAAAGUGGAAGAAAGUGAUCUAAAUCAACUUGAAUACCUUAAGUCAGUGGUAAAAGAGACAAUGCGAUUGCAUCCUCCAACCCCACUUCUGGUUCCUCGAGAAACAACCCAAGAUUGUAAGAUUGACGGAUUUGACAUUGCCGGAAAGACUAGGGUCUUUGUGAAUGCAUUUGCCAUUGGAAGAGACCCCGAGUCGUGGAAAAACCCAGAAGAGUUCUUGCCAGAGAGAUUCAUUGGCAGCACCAUCGACUAUAAGGGCCAAGAUUUUGAGCUCAUACCAUUUGGAGCAGGUCGGAGAAGUUGUCCUGGGAUCUAUUUCGCAGCCAUGACUUAUGAGCUCGCUCUUGCGAAUCUUCUCUAUUCUUUUAACUGGGAUUUUCCAGCUAGUACGAGCAAAAAGCACAUAGAUAUGACUGAAGUAUUCGGGCUUGUAGUGCAGAAGAAAUCUGAUCUUUGCCUUGUGCCUACCAAAUAUAGCAAAUUUGGUUAAUGGAAAAACUGAAAAAUAGAUGUUUCACAUAUGAGAAAUGAAGAUACGAUAACUAUA